UCUACAAUGGAAGUUGAUGAAGAAGAAGUCGAGGCUCCCGAGGCACCCUCCAGCAGCAAUACAGGCGAGAAGAAACGUUUCGAGGUCAAGAAGUGGAAUGCUGUAGCACUUUGGGCUUGGGACAUCGUUGUCGACAAUUAUGCCAUUUGCCGCAAUCAUAUCAUGGAUCUGGUAUUCUGUAUUGAAUGCCAGGCGAAUUAGGGAUCGAUAACCACCGAAGAGUGCACCGCGGCGUGGGGCGUUUGCAGUCAUGCCUUCCAUUUCCAUUGCAUUUCACGUUGGCUGAAGACCCGUCAAGUUUGCCCCUUGGAUAAUAGUGAAUGGGAGUUUCAGAAAUUUGGCCACUAGAGGAACAAUGGCAGCACUCGCACACACACACACCGACACACACUCACACACACUAACAUUUAUAUGUACAAACAUGCAUUCAUAUAAAGGAUGAG